UCACAGCAGCCGCCUCCCGCCCCUUCACCCGGGCCUGGCCCCAUCAAUGAGGGCGGCAGUUCUGCGCUCGGCUACCCGGCCCUGCCUCUCGGCUCUGGAUUAGCGAAACUGGCGACGUGGGACAAUCCCCCGGCCCGGCCCCUUUCACACACGCGCGCACUCUCUGGUGCGCACACCCCUCCGCCCAGCAGCUCACUCAGACGGGGUGAAGUGGGCACUCCAGCAAGCAGCGGCUAGCGCUGCUGUUGCUGGCGACGGCAGUAACCGGGCUUGCCUGGUUCCUUCAGUCACUGAGGGCAACUACAACUGCCUGAAAAACAAAGCAGGAGCUCCUCGCGUCCCAUCCGGGCCUCUGAGAGAGAACCGGGUAAACUGUGAAGAGAAUAAAAGGGUCCUCCGAAGUGAGGCAGAGGAGACGCUGCUGCUGCUGCCGCCGACGCCGCCACCGGCGGAAGAAAAGGAGAGCCCACUGAAGGGAGCAGUGGGCGGGGAAGACAACCGGGUGGGGUGUAAGCUGUGUUUGGUUGGCGGCGCUGUGGGGCGGCCCGUCCGCGUCCCCAUCCCCUGUCUGGGUGGCGGCGGCGGCCGGGCCAUGGCGCUGCUGCGGGCCCGCGCGCUGUACGACUUCAAGUCGGAGAACCCGGGCGAGAUCUCGCUGCGGGAGCACGAGGUGCUGAGCCUGUGCAGCGACCAGGAGAUCGAGGGCUGGUUCGAGGGGGUCAACAGCCGCGGCGACCGGGGUCUCUUCCCGGCCUCUUACGUGCAGGUCCUCCGAGGCCCCGUCGCCGAGCCGCCGGUCCCGCUACCCGUACCUACGCCGGCCCGCUACGCUAACGUGCCUCCCGGCGUUUUCGAGCCCUUAGCCACGACGCCGUCAACAGCCUUAAACAACCCUCCUCCGCUGCAGCAGCAGCAACAGCUCCCUCCCCCGGCAGCCGAGCCUUUCCAGCUGCCGCCGCCACCGGCCACUUCGGGCUUCUCCUCCUUCCAAGCGGUGCCUUCUACCUACGGCGGAUCUUCCUACCAGACCAGUCAAGGCAGUGACGACGAUUGGGACGAUGACUGGGACGACAGCUCUACCGUGGCGGACGAGCCGGGCGUUCUGGGCAGCUCCUACCCGGACUGCGAAAAUGCAGGGAUGGGAGGAGGUGGCCCCGGCGACUCUUCCAGCAGGUACCGCUUUUCCACCCGCUCCGAUCUGUCGCUGAGUUCCCGGGGCAGCCAGCCCGGUGGUCACCUGCAUCACCAGGUUGGUGGCACCGGCGGAGCCAAGAGCUCGGCCACGGUGAGCCGCAACUUGAACCGCUUCUCCACUUUUGUGAAAUCGGGAGGUGAGGCCUUUGUGCUAGGGGAGGCGUCGGGUUUCGUGAAGGAUGGGGAUAAGCUGUGUGUAGUGCUGGGCUCCUACGGGCCUGAGUGGCAGGAGAACCCUUACCCUUUCCAGUGCUCCAUCGAAGACCCAACCAAGCAGACCAAAUUCAAAGGCAUGAAGAGUUACAUUGCCUACAAGCUGGUGCCAAGCCACACCGGGCAGCAAGUGCACCGGCGCUACAAGCACUUUGACUGGCUCUACGGGCGCCUUGUUGAGAAAUUCCCAGUCAUCUCGGUACCCCAUUUGCCAGAGAAGCAGGCUACAGGACGCUUUGAGGAGGACUUUAUCUCCAAGCGCCGCAAAGGCCUUGCUUGGUGGAUGGAUCAUAUGUGUAGCCAUCCAGUGCUGGCCCAGUGUGAUGCUUUCCAGCAUUUCCUCACCUGCCCUAGCACAGAUGAGAAGGCGUGGAAGCAGGGCAAGCGCAAGGCUGAAAAGGAUGAGAUGGUAGGUGCUAACUUCUUCCUCACCAUUAGCGUACCUGCUGGUGGUCCUGCUGCUCUGGACUUGCAGGAGGUAGAAAGUAAAGUAGAUGGCUUCAAGAGUUUCACCAAGAAGAUGGAUGAAAGCACUAUUCAGCUGAACCAGACAGUCAAUGAGUUUGCUCGCAAGCAGGUCACUGGCUUCAAGAAGGAGUACCAGAAAGUAGGACACUCCUUUAAGGGCCUCAGCCAAGCCUUUGAGAUGGACCAGCAGGCUUUUUCAGUUGGCCUCAAUCAAGCCAUUACCUUCACUGCGGAAGCUUAUGAUGCUAUUGGUGAGCUCUUUGCAGAGCAACCCAGACAGGACCUGGACCCAGUGAUGGAUUUGUUAGCUCUGUAUCAGGGACAUCUGGCCAACUUCCCAGACAUAAUCCAUGUCCAGAAAGGAGCCCUUACCAAAGUGAAGGAAAGUAAGCGUCAUGUAGAAGAAGGGAAGAUGGAAGUUCAGAAAGCUGAUGGCAUUCAGGAUCGUUGUAACAUUAUUUCUUUUGCCACCCUGGCAGAAAUUCACCAUUUUCACAAAAUUCGAGUCAGAGACUUCAAAUCACAAAUGCAGCAUUUCUUACAACAGCAAAUACUUUUUUUCCAAAAAGUGACACAAAAGUUAGAAGAAGCUCUUCACAAGUAUGACAGUGUUUAAUGUUGCUUGAUUCUUGAACUUUGAAUGAUGGAUAUUUCUUAGUUUGUGGAUGAAAUGAACAACAGAGACAAACGCUGCUCUCAAGUACCUCUUGGCACCUCUUGGGAUGGUGUACAAAGAUGAUUUUGUAAUCUGUUCUGGAUUUCAACUGAACCUAAAAUUGCAUAAGGAGGAUACAAUUAUGCCUAUAUAGUGGAGACUGUGCUACACAUUGUAACUAAGUUAUACUCCAAAUGCCUACACUAUCAUUGUAAUGUUUUUGAAAUAAUGAUUAUACUAUUUGCCUUACUGCUUUUUUGAAAUACAGUAUUUUAGUGCAUAAUAUGCUGUAGACCUUAAAACCAUUUGGGUCUUUCAGGAAGUUGGCUAGAUAAAAGCCUGCUUCAGAUGCCUUUUUAAAAUUGUCUUCGGUAUGAGUUUUCUAAAUUCAACCAAUUCUCUGUUUACAAAUUCCUAUUAGAGCAGCUAUGUGAUUUUGUGCCUUUAGAAUUACAGUUUUUCAUUAUUUUCUAUUAAACCACAUUUCUAUGACUGAUUGAAUGAAGGGUUGGCACCUCUGAUAGGGCCUGAUUUCAAACCUCAUAGUGACUGAAAAAACUAGUUAUGUAACUUGCACAUUAGGUAUUAUAAUACAUUUUGGCUGGAAAAACCCUAGGAUUUAAAAUCAUUUUAGACUUAGUCUUAUUAAAAAAUACUAUUUAUUAUUUGUAUCAGAAUCUUAAAUCCACAAGAAAGCAGCACUGCUGUAUUUCCUUUCUUAACAUGGCAACAUAGAAUGUUUCAGUGUAACAUGUCUUUGAAUAAAAACUUUGGACCACUUAUCUAAUAAAAGAAUACUUUAGUAUAUUGGUGGGAUAAAAGUGGGGGAUCAGUGGCUCAUACUUGCAUGUGUGUACUGUUUGUGAGAAUUGCCUUGUGUGGCUGUUGAUUUAUUGGAUUAUAAGCAUGGCCUUAACAUUGAGUUCAUUUGAAACCUCUUCAAUUAAAUUUCUGAUUGGCCAGAAGAAAAAUAACAAUACCAAUUGACAGGCUUAUUUCCAUAAAUGCAUCUGAUCUUUUUUUAAAGCUAUGAAAACAGUCUUCCU